CGCGAAUAGCAAAGUGAACCAGUUUAGUCUUCUUAAAUUUGUGCUGUGACGAGUGAGUUUACAUUCACACCAAAUACAUCUACUAGAUAUCCGAAAGUUCAGUAAGUAAUAAUGGCCUCAAGUUCUACCCAAACACUUGCUCUCCAGACCGAUUCCAGUAAGCAGAACCGCUUCAUGGAGAAAUUAAUGGCGAAAAUAGUUAGGUUGUACGGCGAAAAGUCUCUAAUCGAUGUGACAUUUAAAGUUUCAAACCCAACGGCUCAUGUACCCGCGCAUCGUUUGAUACUCGCAGCAGCGAGUCCCUACUUCGAGAACCGUUUUAAAGGCAAUAAAGGCAAUAAUCCUAUCAUCGAGAUAAAUGAUGUAGAUAGCGAUAUUUUUAAGCAUCUAAUAACCUUUUGUUACACCGGACAGGCCCUUAUUACCGUUAACAAUGUCGGUGCCAUGCUGAAGGCAGCAAUCCUGUUACAAUUGGACGAUGCCUUAGGCAGUUGUGUGGACUUCCUUAUGGCAAAUAUAGAUGAAUACACUAUACAGGGGGCUUAUACGCUAGAGGAUGAAACGAAAUGCGAACUUCUAAAACAAAAAAUCGUCGAAUACGAAAUAAAGAAUUUCAUGAGGAAAUACCCAAGCGAAACAAUGCAACAUUUUCUGAAAUAUAUGCGAUUCACAGAACCUCGUGGAAAUUAUGGUGAGAAAACAUUGCUGGCAGUUUGCUCGGAGAUUAAUCCCAAGGUGCUGCAAUAUAACAAAGCUGAGAAUAUGUGGCUGAAAUAUGCGAGAAUAAAAUUCGAUUACCAUCAGUUUAGGACAAUUUUAAAGGAUGAUAACUUAUUAUUUAUUGGCGGAAGUAAAGAUUAUGCAGCAGUCGACAUCGUCCGCAGCUGGAAUAUACGAAAUAAGACAUGGCAAGAUUUGCCCGUCAUGAAACAACCAAGACGCUCACACUGCGUUGUCGAAUUAGAUAGUAAAAUCUACGCGAUUGGUGGACGAUCUCUUCUGCAUAAUAAGGUUACGUCGACGGUGGAAAGAUACACGACUUCCGAUGGUUGGGAGUACGUGAGCGACAUGAAUAAUGAACGAUAUGACGCCAGUGCAGUGACUUUGAAUGGUGAUAUCUACAUAAUUGGCGGUAGUAUUAGUAGCGACCGUAACACCUUAAAAUCCGUCGAAUGCUACAACCCGGAUUCGAAUACUUGGACUUCUUGCGCGGAUAUGAUUAAACCGCGCAGUUUACAUAUUGCAGCUGUUCAUAAUGGUCACAUUUAUGUUUUAAGCAAUAGCGGUGUUGAACGAUACGAUCCUCAGCAGGACACAUGGUCACAGAUUUGCUCUUUGAAUGUUGGCCAUGGUUAUAAAGCUUGCGUAUCGCUAGAUAAUAAACUAUGGGUUAUUGGUGUCGAUGGUGUAUCAGUCUAUGACGAGGAAAGUAACCGUUGGGAACAAAAGUGCGCAUCACCCGGAACUGAUGUUAUUUCCUGUUUUGUUGUGCCAGUAGCCUUACUGACGUCGAAUGAAUAACCAAUAUUAAUAAAUAUAUUUUUUGUAAUAAAUUCUUUUAUAAUAAAUACCAACAAAUCUGA